AUGAAAGUCAUGUAUGACGAGCCAUCGCCAUCAUCCACCAUCAGCGAACCAGUUGUCAGGGUGCCCAGAAACAGGCAGGAAAAUCGCCUUUAUAAGCGCGAAUUUAUCGAUGAUAACAACGUACAUCUUGCCUACUUCAACUUCCGCAUAUUAUGGCCGGUUACUGCUAUUUCAGUCACGAUGUACACUUGUUUCAUA